UGGGAAAUCAGAUUGCGAUAAUCACUAGAAACUAAGCUGUUAACUUAUUAUGAAUUUGUUGUAUUCCAUUGUGCGGCCGUGUGUGUUUUUCUCAGGAAUGAUUUCAAUGAUUUGAAUAUUUGGAAUUAUCUGAUCAUGUUAUAUAAACACACACACACACACAUAGUUGGGCUAAAUCGUAUGAUUGGUAGAUUGGAGCUUAUUCUGAAACAUCUGUUUUAUUGGAAAGUAUUUCCAUUAAGCAUUUAUCUCCAAUUUCAUGCAUUGUGAAGUUUCAUGCUAUGUAGGAUUUUCGGAGUUCACGCUAUGUCUAUGAAUGCUAGAGAGAGACCACCCACAAUUUAGACCUCAAAUUCACCCACAAUGACGAGGCAAAGUAUUUGGGCCAUGCAUGACUGAGUGUGUAACAAAUCAAGUGUUGACGCCUAUCAUGUCAUGUCAUUGUGGAUGCAGGUUGGAUUGCGGUUGCUUCUUUGUCCCCUUGAUUCCAAUAUUGUUGUCAGAACAGCAUGCUGUUCAGUGGGGGUUGUUUUACCUGUUUACUCUACAUUUAAAGCAAUUGAGUCAAAAAACCAAAAUGAGCAACAAAGGUGGCUUUUGUACUGGGCAGCAUACGGAUCUUUUAGCAUCGCCGAAAUUUUCACCGACAAAUUUAUCUCAUGGUUUCCACUCUACUACCACGUGAAGUUUGCAUUUCUAGUUUGGCUUCAACUUCCUUCUGUUAAUGGGGCAAAUCAUUUGUAUAUGAACCAUCUGCGUCCUUUCCUGUUGAGGCAUCAAGCUAAACUCGAUCAAAUUGUGGGGUUUUUAUAUAGUGAGAUGGCUAAAUUUGUGAGUGCACACCAAACAGAAAUACAGUUUGCAAGGACACUAUUUAUGAAGAUUUUUGGAGCAGUGAACCAAGUGGUUGGCGAUUUCUUUCACCCAGGCAAGAAGCAAGCCAAUCGUGCAAUUGAAGGCCCAACAACGAAUGUACAGACGCAACCUGACAGUGUGAUUGAAAGCCUUACAACACAAGAACAGAAUUCAGAAUCAGAGAGUGAUGAAUGAUAACCGAGCACAGAAUUUAGAUAGCUUACAAUUUUACAGCGCUUAAUAGGCCUGGCAUUUGGUGUCUAAAUGGCAAUGACUAGUCGCGGCAAGUAAAGAAGCAAGUUCAUUUUUCUUCUCUUUUUGUUUUUUAUGUUUUGUGUUUUGUGGUGAGCAUGGAUUCAUUUGCUUUGCCAAUUUGUUUUUACAAAUGUAGGCUUGUAAAUGGGAAUGCUUUGACUGUAAAUUCUUAGCAGGUUGUAUUAUCUUUUGAUGUUCUACCAAACCAGACUUCAAAAAUUUAUUACUAAUAUUAUGUGAAUGCAUUGAGUUGCAAAUUUGUAAGGUGAA